AAGUUCUAACAUUAGUGGAAGCUGUGAGGUUAGACCAGUGUCACACCUGUUUAUUAAUAAAUAAAGUAAAACUAAAUAGAAUGUGUUUACUUAUUUAUACAUAACUAGAGAUGAAUGAUGCAUAAUAGUACUGAGAAAACUGUAGAACUGAAACUUUUUAGUUUUUGUAUAGGUGUGAGGACUCAAUGAAGGGUUAUAGUGUCUGUUCUAAACCAGCGCAUACUUGUGAAAAAAUAGUACAGAUAAUAGAUUGCAAUGCUGUGCACUGCACUGAUAUGAGGAGAGACUGAUUCUUCCAGGACCUACCUGCCACAAGUAUAAAUAGUCACAGACUCCCCCUGUGUCAGUAUUCACUAGGGGAAGAACAAUGAAGACCAUGAAGAGAACAGCAAUCCUUGUUGUGCUCCUGAACCUCUGGAUAACCAGUUUGGCUCUAAAGUGUAAAUUGGUGCCAGGAAAAAUGAAGCAGAUUGAUGCUGGGAAUGGCCAGGUGUUUGGGGUGAACUCACGUAAUCAGAUCUACACUCUAUAUACAAAUGGAUGGAAACUUUUACGGGGAGCCCUGAAGCAUGUCACUGUGGGUCCUGCUGGCAUCUGGGGAGUCAGUCCAAGGAAUGAGAUCUACAAGCUUGUGAAAGGAGACUGGGCAAAAGUUCCAGGUACGCUGAAACAGAUAGAUGCAGGGGGAACAUUGUUUAUAGUUGGUGUCAACAAGGUUGAUGACAUCAUCUGCCUUAACGCUGAUGAAACCAUGGGAUAUAAGCCAGGUAGUCCUGCACCAUGGGUACAUGUCCCAGGGAAGCUAAAAUACUACAGCUGUGGACCAUACAGCUGCUGGGGGGUCAACACCCAAGGCAACGUCUACAUUUUGAAGGGAGUGAGGCCAACAGCAUGUGGUGGAUCUAUGAAAUGGGAGCAGGUACCAGGAUUGCUUUCCAUGAUUGAAGUUUCUACAGAUGGAGAUGUGUAUGGGGUUAAUUCCCUUGGAAAUAUCUAUUACAGAACUGGUAUCUCUCCAUGCAACCCAGCUGGCACUGGGUGGAAGCAAGUCCAAUAUUCAAAGAGAGUCAAACACGUUUCCUAUGAUCUCGGUCACCUGUGGAUAAUUGGCACAGAUGACAGCAUUACGGACUGUAGCAUAUAAAAGAAACCCUGCUCCUAUGUCUCUAAACUGAAGUUUAAAGAAGCAGAUCAUGUACUCAAGAGUCAGAUUAUUUGUUAGAGAGCCAAAUCAUCUCUUCAAGAGUCAGAUCUCAGAGAGUUAAAUCAUGACCAGCACACUUGGACUUUUACCUUGUAAAGGUUCCUCCUUUGCACAUGAUCCUUCAUCACAUUCCUAAUUCAUGCUCCUCCAGGACUAGUUUCUUUGUGUUACACCAAACAUUGCAAAAAUUGUUUGCUUAACAGUAUAUUUUUAAAAAGGUUAUCAUUUAAAAAAAUAAAGCUUUAGCUU